AUGGUUCUUUCAGGUCGGGAUGGCCCAUGGUCCCAAGGGCAGAGCAUACUCUCGCAGAGUCAUGUCGACACAUUUGGGAGUGGAAUUGAGCAGCCCUGCAGCAGAGUGUGCCAAGUGCUCUCCCUGGACCUGCCCGGGACCGUCCUUACCCAGGAUGACAAGGGAUACGCAGACCAACAGGUCACAUACUUUGCCCAACAGGCAGGGAACCUAAACCCCAGCUGCUUCUUCCUGCCUGGUAACGAGCAAGAAGUAGCCCACGCGGUUCGCCUCGCCGGCGAGGAGGCAUGUCCGUUCGCGGUGAAAAGCGGCGGCCAUGCCACCUUCGGAGGCGCAUCAAAUAUCCGCCAGGGCCUUACUAUUAACCUCGAACGGCUGAACGAAGUAACAGUCUCAGAUGAUAGCUCGUUUGUCAGAAUCGGCCCAGGCAACCGCUGGCAACAGGUCUAUCGUGAGCUGGAGAAGAGAAACCUGACCGUUCCUGGCGGCCGAACAGGAUCGGCGGUCCUCGCCAACGGAUCAAUCAUCAACGUCAACACCGACUCCCACACAGACCUGUACUGGGCGCUACGCGGCGGUGGCUCCAACUUUGCCCUCAUCACCCGCUUCGACUUCAAGCCUCUGCACCACGAGUUCAUGUGGGGAGGAAUCCGCAACUACACGAUCGACCAGGUAGAUUCGGUGCUCGACGCGUACGUCGACUUCGGCUUUCGCGCGUCAGAGAACCCACUAGCCUACCAGAUCACCACGAUCUACUACACCAACGCGAAGCACCACGCAACCGUCGACCUGUAUCACACCGAGCCGGAGCCGGACCCGUCCAUCUUCAGCGCGCUGCAGGAGGCCGUGCCGUACUCGGACACCACGGCGGUAAGCCGCCAGUCAAACAUCAGCUGGCACAACUACCUGGGCCAGCCGGACGGGUACCGCCAGAGCUACUGGACGGCGACGUACAAGCUGGAUCGGGACCUGGCCGGCUUCGUCAAGGACGUGUUCCUCGAGGAGACAAGCCAGCUUGGGGAUUUAGACGGGCUCGAGGCUCGGUGCAUCAUGCAGGUCUUCACGACGGAUAUCCUGCGGUCCAUGGAGAAGAACGGGGGCAAUCCGUUGGGGUUGGCUGGCUCGACGCACCCGUUGAUGAUACUGAAUCCUGCGUUUCGGUGGAGGGACCCGGCGGAUGAUAUGCGCGUUCUCCAGGCUAUUGGGAAUCUGGUCAACCGGGUUAAUGCGCGGGCUCGCGCCAUGGGUUUGUAUGAGCCGUUUGUCUAUAUGAAUUACGCCAGUCAGUUCCAGGAUGUGGUCGAGAGUUACGGGCCGGAGAACGUGAAGCGGCUGCGGAUGGUUGCGCGGAAAUAUGAUCCUGAUCAGGUAUUUCAGAAUCUCCAACGCGGGUAUUUCAAGUUGAGUGGUCGGGUAGGGUGGUAA